AUGACUUCGCUCAAGCUCAAACUCUUGUCCGUCGUCGCCAAAGCCUUCGCGGGCGCCAUCGGGGUUGCCCGCGCCGUCAGUUGCCGGGCCAAAGACGCCGUCGACCAUGUCUGGCAGAAGCCGGCGCCAACAGAUCGCCGCAGCCCCUGCCCCAUGGUCAACGCCCUCGCGAACCAUGGCUACCUCCCGCGCGACGGCAAAGGCGUGUCACUAGCGCGCCUCAUCACAGCCUUCAAGGACGCUAUCAACCUCGCGCCGGCCGCGACGCUGCUGGUCGGCUUCAAGUCGCUCCAGGCGUCGACGACGCGGAACCCGCUGACCUUUAAUCUCGACGACCUCUCCAAGCACGGGGUGAUUGAGCACGACGGCAGCCUAAGCAGGAACGACAUCCACUUGGGCGACAACCACAGCUUCGCGCCCGAGGUGUGGGCAGCGGUGGCGGCGCACUUUGCCGACGACGACGUCAUCUCGAUCGAGACGGCGGCGCGAGCCCGCAAGGCGCGCCUCGCCGCCGCGCCCAAGAUGAACCCGGCCUUCAGCAUCACGGACGAGCAGCUGGGCUUCAGCUCCAUCGAGACCAGUUUGUACCUGCUCGUCUUUGGCCACGGCACCGAGGGAGACGCCAGGACCGAGUGGGUGCGCACUCUGUUUGAAAAGGAACGCCUGCCGUUCGACGAAGGGUUUAAGCGACCCGACAAGCCGCUGAAGGUCGUCGACGUCCUAGACCUGCAGAAAAAGGUCGAGGAGGCGGCUUGA